AUGCCGCCAGAAUCCGACAGAAAACUUGCGUGCCUGGUCUGCCGCCACCGAAAGGUCGCGUGUGAUCGGAGGCGUCCACGAUGUGGGCUCUGCGACAAAAAUGGAUUCGAAUGCGAAUACAAGGCGCGCGAUCAUCGACCCGGUCUGAGAGCUGGCUAUGUCUCUCAGCUGGAGAAGCGUGUUGAGGAUCUGGAGAGGAAAAUGGAGAAGGUCGUCGGACGAUUGUCAGAGGAGCCAUCGCAUACACAGACGGAAACAAAUAACGUUUCCUCAACGAUUCGAGAGCCACCCACCUUGGACUUCGGUAAUGCGGAGACACUGAGGACUCCGCAGUCCAAUGCAGUCCGUAUGGAGACUGAUCCCUCGCCUCUGGUGGCAUCACCGCAGGAUCUUCUCAUUGAGCCGCUACGAUACGAACUGCAGAUGGUGUGGCUUCAACGGUAUCACCCCUGGUUUCCAAUUCUCCAUCACACAUCAGUCAGUCAGGCAUUUUCAGAGGCAACGUCCACACAAUGUCUGCUUCGGAAGGCGAUAGAGGCCGUCACAAUCUGGGACAUUCCUGGUAUCACUUGGGAACAGAAACAGAUCUCUUCUACUACGCUUCGACAAGAGGUCAUCUCGAGCGCAAUGGAGUCAUUGAAUCUUCGCUGUAUUCAAGCUUUGCUCAUCCUAUCGAUUCUCUUUUGGGGGGAAGGCAAAUGGCUUCCGUAUAGUAAUCUCACAGCUAUGUGCCAGAGACUAUCGCAGCAGCUAAGCCUACCCACAGUGGCCGGCGUGGCAAGGGCUCAGCCGUCCAAAAUGAGUACAAGGGACGCAGCAACUUCUCAACCGGAAAUCGAUCACGAGGAAAGGCUUCGAACAUUCUGGAUGAUUGAGAUGCUCGAUAGCAUUUUUGCCUUGGGCUUCACCAGCAAUCUAUCUACAUCCAAGAUACCACUUGGUGCAAAGUUCCCCUGCAGCGAUAGCAUAUGGGCCCUGCAGGAUCCUUUCAGAGAGGGCGUGUCAUUCCAGAAUCUUCGUUACUCCUCCGGUUUGUCGAUGUGCAUCAGUCUAUGCACUGUGGAGCUAGGGGCUGUGCAUCGAUUUCAGCAGAGUGUCGCUGAGACAGAUGGGGCAGCAGGAGGACUAGAAUGGCAAAGUGCAGCACAAAGGCUCGACGAGCGACUCACAAUAUGGCGUGAAGAGUUUGUCGCGGCUGUUUUCCGUCUCAUCAAUACCGAGUCCCCGCAAGAUGCGCGUGCCGAGAUGGAGAUAUUUAUCGUGCUGACCAAUUGUGUUCUCAAUAUGGGCGUGAUCACAUUGUUACAAUCGCAAACUUCAUUACCGGAUGGGGUUGGGUCGCAAACUGAUUCAUGGCCGUACGCAAAUCACCGUUGCAUGUAUGCUUGCGAGAACAUGGCUGCCAAAAUCCGUCGAAUGGAAGAAGAUGAGCUGAAGAACUGCAGCCCGUGUCUAAUUCUUCCCAUAUUUGUGGCAGCGCGCUUCUACAUCGUGCAUACCAAGUGCUUGCGUGCCGAUGUAUCGGUCAAUCUUCACUCGCUUGCAUACAGUCUGCAUAUAUGUGGCCAUCGCUGGCCAUUGGCUAAAAUGUUCGAGUCGGUGAUCCGAACCGCUGUUGCCGAGCACCGCACGCCUAUUCCUCAGUCAGCAUUGCCGAUUGAGUUUUAUGACCUCCGAUUUUCUGUUGUUGAAAUAUGUCACAUCCUUCAAGAAUGGUCGGAUAGCUACUCGUCGCCUGUAUUACAUAGUGUAUGA